AUGGGUAUUAAGAACCAAGUUUUGGCAUCGAUUGUGGUGAGCUACCUCUGCCUUACCACUGGAAUGAUAUCCACAUGGGCGUCAUCAGUGAUAAAUUUGUUUUCUUCUGAAAAUACGACGCUAAAUCGACCCAUGACGGACACCGAAGUAUCCCUACUUGGAGGGUUACCGUCCGCCGCUUCUCUCUUCACAAUCCCCUUAUCUGGAAUUUUUCUGGACUAUUUUGGAAGAAAGUACACUUGCAUAAUUAUCUCCUUAUUCCAAGUGGUUGGCUGGUCUGUAAUCGUCCUAUUUCCUUAUGUAGAGGCGGUUUUAAUUGGUAACUUUAUAAACGGCUUCAGUUUCUGCAUGUAUAUGACUGUGCCAGUUUUCGUCGGGGAAUACUGCCAGGAGAAUAUUCGAGGAACCAUGACUUCAGGAGUGUUAUCGCUAUUUCCUGUUGGCUGGAUGGUCUCCUACCUGAUGGGAACCUUAGAGUACAAUGUUAUGAACUACUCCAGCUUAAGCAUGUCAGUGUUCGGGACUCUAAUACUCUUCUACAUGCACGAAUCUCCUUUGCAUUUAUUGAAAAAAGGAUUAGAAAAGGAGGCAGCUGAAUCGAUAGCGCACUACAGAGGAGUAAAAGUAGAUUCGAAAGAAGUUCAGCAAGAGAUAGAAAAUAUCAAACGUACAUUAAACCCGGAGUUAGAUGAUGCAACACCAGAAUUGGAGAAACUACAGCCUGAUUUACAAAAGAGAGAAAAGCUUACUACAUGGCAAUUCUUGAAGAAAUCGCGGUCUACGCGUCGUGCAUUAGUCCUGUCGUUGGCGCUGUUUGCAGCUGCCGUCUUCCAAGGACAGGUCGUGGUGCAGGUGUACGCAGAACCUCUGUUCGCCAUGGCGGUUCCCAGCAUGUCGACUACUGUCGCGAGUGUCAUAUUUGCUGUAGUCAAUAUAUUUGCUGCUCUUCUCGUUGCUGUUGUUAUUGAUCGUUUAGGCAGACGACCAUUGAUGAUCUACUCUUCUCUGUUUACGGCGGUCUUCGCGGCGUUGCUAGGGUCUCUAAUACAGUUAUCAUGGGCACCCAACUGGGUGACUGCCAUCAUUAUUUACCUUUUCUGUUUUACAUAUACUACGGGCGCUGGAACUAUACCAUAUACUAUGAAUGCAGAAUUAUUUUUACCAGAGAUUAAAAAUUUUGCAACGAUAGCAUCGGUAGAGUUUUCCUUCCUUGGAUUUUUCGUUGUAUUAUUUAUCUUCCAUCCUGUCGUGUCCGUAUUGGGUCUGGGACCAUUAUUUUACAUAUUCUCGGGAACUUGUGUGGCCACAGCAAUAUUCUGUUCAUUCUUCUUGCCAGAGACUAAAGGACUCACGGUGGACGUUAUUCAACUCCAAUUCUAUAAUCCACGAUCUCAUAAUAAUGUAUAA